AGCAAGAAGGUGUGGAGCUACUUUGAGCUGAAUAACGGUGGAAAAAGCGAUUUAUCAGGGCAUUUUCUGCACCAUGUCACCCAGUCUGAAGGGUGUUUGGACAAACUGUUAAAAUUUCUGGAUCUCGAAAUGCUGUGGGAGGAUGGAGGUGUGCUAUUCAUCAAAGGUAAGGUAAUGAUGAUGAUGUGAUAUUGAUGGUAUUGAUGGCAGAGGGCAGAGCCAGUGUGGAGAGGAACCAGGAGAGAGUGGAGCGCAUCAGGAACCUGAAGGAGGAACUGCACAGAGAAGAAAAAACACAAAAGGAGGCACUCAAAGAAUCUGAUCAAUCUGGGCACAGCCCUACUUCACUCGAGGAAUGGUCUCAGGUGGAGUACUGCAAGCUGCUGGAGCAGAGAAAGAAGCUGAAAGAAGAUCAUGAGAGAGUGAUGCAGGAGGAGCUGCUGAAGAUGGAGAAGGAGCUACAGGAGGAGCAGUCAGAGGGAGCUGAGGGGGAGGUGAUGUACCUGAACAGGGAGAGGCAGAUUCUGGUUCUGCAGAUUGAGGCUCUGCGCAGGGAGAACCAGCAGGCUGAGGAAGGUCUGGAGGCCCAGUACAGAUUACACCAGCAGGAGGUGCACUCUCUCAGAGAGGAGAGUCUACAGGUGUUUAGGACAUUCCGGCAGGUGCUGGAGGAGCAGAAACGGCUCUCGGAGGGCCGGUACAGGACCCUGCUGCUGGAGGCCAUUCAGGACGCUGUACACCUGUCCACUCUAAACCAGCAGCUACAGACUGAAAACAAGCAGCUCCGCAAAGCCUUGGGAGUUGAAGGCAAUGCCAGACCACACCAAGCUGAAGGAGUGAGGAGCCCACAGAAGAUGCAGAAGAUGUGAAGUGAUACAAAGCCUCAUAUUCCAUCAGAUCAGGGGUCACUAAUCCUGCUCCUGAAGCUCCACCUCCCUUCAUACUGAAAUUCCACAUGAAAUUGCACUGAUCAGUCCAUUUAUCCCAAAUACCAUAUUGCCUGAAUUGGAAUAGAAAGCUGAAUGAGGAAUGAGUUUUAUUUUGAGUUGAAGGUAAAACUAUAGACAGGUAGAUCUCUAGAGGUCAAUUUCCACUAUAGUAGAGUCGAGAUUAGUCUGUAAUUACAUACACAGACAUGGCACAUAUUAUGGGUCAGAAACUAGUAUUGUGUCCCAUGACUUUUGCCAUGUCCAAUGGAAUCUAAAGAACACUCCAAUGUCCUGCAGGAUAGUAUGUGAGUGGAAUCUCCUGCACUGACUGUGAAUGUGAUUUCUCCUAACAAAAUAACACCUCACAACUUCCUCUGAGGCAAUGCUUCACGAUUAGGUUACAGACUGCUAUCCCAUGGCAUCAGUGUACACAC